AAGGUCUGAGUCAUUCGGAUGAGCACGCUGCAGGAGUAGGGGCAGUAGAGUCAGUGGUAGUGGAACAUUGACGACUGUCACAUUCGGGAAACAAAGCAUGGUGGAAUACUGAGGUCUGCAACAUUCGGGGGACAAAGGAUAUUGGAAUACUGUGGUCUGCAACAUUCGGGGGACGAAGAAUAUUGGAAUACUGUGGUCUGCAACAUUCGAGGGACAAAGGGUAUUGGAAUACUGUGGUCUGCGACAUUUGGGGGACAAAGGGUAUUGGAAUACUGUGGUCUGCAACAUUCGGGGACAAAGGACAGAGGAAUUGUAAGAGGGAACGUUCGGGUAGGCAGACAUUCCAAGAACAUCAUUACAGCGGGAGCACUGCGAGCUGGUUGUGAACUUUCUGCUGAGGUUGCGGCGGCCUCCCCUUCGCCCCGGCUGAACGAUCCUGACCGUGAUCCUUACUAAACUAUACUGCAAUAGUGUAGUCAGUAAUAAUUGAAAGAAGGAUUUGUGCAGCCUUCUGAUUUUAUCUGGAUUCAUUAUGAUCACUCCUGCCUUUGAAUUGAGUCAAGAUCCUAAUUUCCUUACUAUCAUAAUCCAAGUCCCAUAUGCGAAGGUUAAUGAAGUUGAUCUGUACAUCGAUGGAGUGGACUUCAAAUUUUAUGCGAAGCCAUACUUCUUAAGAUUGACUCUUCCAGGAAAGAUAGUGGAGGAUGGCAGAGAGACAGCUUUGUAUAAUGCUGAUGCAGGAAUUUUUACAAUAAAAGUUCCGAAAGAGACGCCUGAAGAAUACUUUGAGGGGUUGGAUAUGCUGACUGUGCUUCUGGCACCGAAAGGUUCAAGAUCUGCAAAGCCAUUGCUGGAAGAGAUAGGACAAUUGGGUGACGCUGAAGAAGAUGAAGAUCAGCAAGAAUUUGAUUGGGAAAUUGAGCAAACUCCCUAUGUGGAAUUGGAAGGGAAUGUUCUAAGCCCGACUUGUUUCUAUGGCUUUGGAAACCUGAGAACGGGAGUCUUCAGGAGACUGCAGGAUGAACUCACUGAUGUGAUUGACCUGAAGGAACCAGACAGCACCACAAUGGUUGAACGUCGGCAGAAACGGUUAGCUGCUGAAGAGGCCAAGUUUGAUUCUGAUCAUUAUCUUGCUGACUUGUUUGAGGAUGACCCCAUUCAGGACUUGCUGAAGUAUAAACCUUGGUGGGUAGGCAUGCAGAAGAGAAAAGAAGCAAAGAAAACCCAGAGUGAACAACAUUUGAUGGAGGAGACAGAAAGUCGAUUUGUUGAAUUUUCUGAAGAUGAAAAGGAACACUUGCGAAACUUCACCAAUAAGAAUUACCUGCUGGAUAAAAAAGCAUGCCACAAUGCUUACCUCUGCCUGCUUGACAUUAUCCUUGCAUAUGCCUAUGAAGUCCGCAUCACUGAAGGAGAAACCAAUACUGAAUCCUCGUGGAACAUCCGGAAACUGAGUGGGACGCUGUGUUGGCUGGAUACUUACCAUUCUCUUCAAGAAGUUGUUGUGUCCUUCUGCAGAAGAGUUUUGUGUUAUCCCUUUUAUAGACAUUUCCACUUAGCUCUGAAAGCUAUUGAGGAUGCAGUCUUAAUACUUCAGCUGGGUAAGUCUGCUGUUCUGAAGUCCCUGCUGGGCAUCCAUAAGAUCUUCAGAGAGAGUGACCCUGCAUAUCUUUUGAAUGACCUCUACAUCACAGACUACUGCAUUUGGAUCCAGAAAGUGAAGUCAAAGAAGCUUGCAUCCUUGGCCGAGACACUGCGGAAUGUGAAAAUCACAAAGAGUAAUUUAAGCUUUGAACUGGAAGAAUUGGAGAAAGCAGCGCUAUUAGUUCAAGAGGAAGAAAAUGAAAUCAAGCCAGGGCAGAGUGGUCUCCAAUCACCCCUGUCAGAAAGUGAGACUGAGGAAGAGAAUGACUCUGAGGAAUCGAGUAGCUCAUCCUAUGAUACUGGAGAGUCUGAUUCAUGUGAAAAUGAUUUGUCUAGCUGUAGCAUUUCUGAGGAAAUGGAUAGAAAAUGUUUGUGUCAUGCAAAAGAGGCUGACUGUGUCACUGAAUUCAAAGCUGAAGAGGAUUUGAUCAAAUUGAACUGUGGUGAUGAAACUAUGUAUAUGGAUGCCACAGGAUAUCCAGUUAACUGUCCAUUGGGAGAGACUUCCACUGAUAAAUCACCUCCAAGAAGAUUGAUAGAAGAAGUUGCAGAUCAGUUGCAGUCAAUGGGGUUUUCAGAGCACUGUGAAAAAUCUGCUGUUGAGAAUUCGGAGCACAGACCAACAAGCCUGCCUGUUCAGAAUUUGGCACAGUAUCAGCAUUCACAGACGACCUCACAGCAGACUUUCUUAGAGGUGUCUCCUAAGAGGAAUUGCCUGCUGCUUGUUGCAGAUCCUGAUAACACAGAGGAUUUUAUAAACCUGGCAUGAGUCCAGCUUGUAUGCUAGAAAAGAACAAACUGAUUUACGUGCAAGUGGCUGACGCUGGUCAUUGUACUUAUUAAAUCACUUUAGAAAUGAAAAUUUGCUCUUAAAUGCUUUGGUGUUUACGCACAUUUAUAUCAGAUAUUGUGCAAAAACUAU